AUGGCAGACAAAAUCGAGAUGAGUUUAGAUGAUACCAUCAAUUCACAACAUAGCAAUAGUGGAUUUGGAAACAAUCGUACAAAUGGUAGAACAGGGAGGGGACGCCACCAUAGUGCCGACAGCAGACUACCACAUCCCCGCAGGAAUAUUGACAGGAGCGGUGUCCUCAAGGGGGGAAUACGUGGAGGAAUUCAACGCCCAAGAUAUCAGUCCCAGAACACCAGAUUUAUUGCCGCCGAAAUGCGUGCAUUCGAAAGCACUAAACUGAGGAUAACCAACCUAGAGUCCAGCGUGUCGGAGUGGGAUAUCAAGGAACUUUUCCUAGAGUUUGGACCAAUCAAGAGCGCUGUGAUACAUUACGACCGGUCGGGAGUGUUCCGUGGGACGGCCGACGUGGAGUACGAACGACGUGAUGACGCUAUCCGAGCAAUGAAACAGUACAACGGAGUGCCCUUGAAUGGACGACCAAUGAGCGUAGAGCUAGCAAUUUCGGACACAUCGGCAUUCCUGUUCCAUAGUAGUGCUACUCAGACACGACCAUACGACGAUAAGCGACGAAGCAUUCCACCGAAACGCCGCAGAGAUGGAGGAUUCACUCGGGGUAGCAAAUCGAACUAUCGUAAUGACUAUGGGUCACGAAGGGGUCAGACCAAUCGAUAUAACGGCAAAAGAGGAAGCAAACCAGGUCCGCAUAAACGCACAGCCAAGACUGCCGAAGAAUUGGACGCGGAAUUGGAGGCAUACAAAGCUACCAACGGAAGAAAGACUGGAACAAAAACGACGAAACCUGGCACGAAAACAGCAGAAGAACUGGAUGCCGAGUUGGAGGCAUACAGAAAUGAAGCAGGCAAACAUAAUGAAGCUGGGAAGCAAAUAGAAUAA